AUGACUUGUGAGUGGGGGGAGCAGCAAAAGAGACUUUUGAUUGAAGAAAGCAAUGCGUGGUUUGACAGACACGGGAUGGUGCUGCAGCAGCAGCGGCUGCCGCUGCAGCUGCCACCCAGCUGCAGCAGCUGGGCCGAAGUAGCAGCACAGCUGCAGCAGCACCCUUUCCACCUCAAGCUUAUAAACCACCAGCGGCUGCUGGCCAAGAGAGUCAAGGCCAACUGGAGCUUCUCCGCUUCUGCAACAAACUCCCCCAGCAACCCCCGCAACAGCCACCUGCCCUUCCGGCUGCAGCCGCUGCCGCGUGCUGCUGCUGCUGCGCUGCUGCAGCUGGGCAAAGAAACCCUCAGCAGCGAUUUUGAUGGUUUGCUGCUGACGGUGCAGAGCAAGCGUUUGGCCCCCAAACCCUCGACUGAGAGGCAAAGAGUGCUGAACAUCACGGGAAUCAAAAAAGUGUUUGCGGGAUGCCUCAUUGAGUCUUUGGCCUCCAACGAAAGGCAGCUAAAAGCCCUCUGGGUAAACCCUCGCCUCUCCGCCCGCAGCACGCGGCUGCUGCUACAGGUGCUGCUGCCCCGUGCAGUGGUGGAGGCGUUUGCGUUGGAGGCCUUUACUUACCUUCCUGCUGCUGCUGCUGCUGCUGCUCCGCAGCAGCAGCAGCAGCAGCAGCAGGCCAGGGUGCAGAGCUUCAAGUCCGUCUUCGUCGACAGAAGGGACCUCGACUUGUGGCCCAGACAGUGCUGGAUGCUGCUGCCGGCAGUCAAAAACUUUGGAUGGCCUCUGCAUUACGACAUUAAAGGCAAAGCAGCAGCAGUUCACCUCGACGCAGGCGUCAGCGGCAGCCUCAGCUGCAGCUGCCACCUCUCAAGGCGCUGCUUGCGAGCGAGUGAGCAGGCAACAAUUGACAGGUUUUUGAUGGUGACGGAGCCGCUGCUGCAUUUGCUGCUGCCGCCUCGCGCUGAGCGUCAGCAGCUAAAGAUAGACACUCACCCGCUAUUUUGCAGGCAGGAGGGGGCCCCCGGGGGGCCCCCCAGUUCUGCUGCAGCAGCAGAAGCAGCAGCAAAGCGGAGGCAGGGAAAGAGAGGCAGGCCGGGGACGCAAAGCCCAGCAGCAGCAGCAGCAGCAGCAGAGGAGCGCCGGGGCUGGCGCGAAUUCAUCAGCAGCGGGAAAGACGAAGAACUCGCCAAAGAGGCGUCGUGCUUACUGCUGGGGUGUACGUACACCCCGCCGUCGUCGCUGUUCAGCAAAGAAGACGAGUGGUGUGGACUGACAGCAGAAGAUGUUGUGAAUUUAGUUUCCGAUUGUGAAGAAGAAGCAUCUGAAGAGGGCCUUUCGGGUGUACAGACACCAGCUGUACAGACACCCAAAGACCCCCCGCCACCCAGGCGGAAACCGGCCCAAAGCGCGCCGCGAACUGCAGCAAAAACGACAGCUCCAGCAGCAGCAGCAGCAGCAGCACCAGCAGCAGCAAACUCUCAAGCGCCCAGGCCGGCGCUGCAGCCAACGCGCAGCUCGGCCCGCCUCAGGGCCUCCCCGGCAGCCACAGCUAGCCCAGAAGGGACCCUCUGGGGGGCCCCCCGGGGGCCCCUUCUUAGGGCCUCUCAGGGGGCCCCCAAGAGCCCCCGGGAAGAACCCCAGGGGCCCCCGCCAGCCCCGCGGCGAAGCCUGUCUGACAAUAUCAGAGGGGGCCCCCAGGCCGACCUCUUGGGGGGCCCCCAGGGGGGCCCCCAGGGGGGCCCCCAAUGGGGCCCCCCAGAGGGCUUACAGGGGGGCCCCCCGGAAGCCCUUGGGGCUGGGGUUUCGUUUAUGGGCUUAGGGCUUGGGGCUCAGGGCCGGAAGGCCAGGUCUUCUUUCUGGGGCCUCACGGGCGCUGCCGACGGCUGGAACGCUCUUCUGGCCGUCCAGCAGGUGCUGCCCAGUCUCGUGCUUUUGCCUGAAGAUGUAAAAGUGAAACAAAAUGCAGAAAGUUUUUUCUUUGAAGAUUCAGAAGUGACGGGAAAACUCGAAGAAGGAACUGCAGUCAUUAAAGUGGCAGACAAUGCGGGGCCUCAGCGCCUCCAGCUGUUCACUGUCACUUAUGCAGGCGGAGCCAAACUCACCCCAGUGGUGGCGGCCUCGGGGUUUCCCGUCUUCUGCGACUACCGGCCAAACCGCCAGUGCUUCACAAAAAGUGGCGAAUCUUCUGUUGAAUUUUUGUCUCAAAAUGCAAUUUUAAAAACAGAAACAGGAAGCGAGUUGGUCUAUUUGAAGUACCCCGGCGGGGGCAGUGUCCUUGCCCGACCGGCGCAGGUGAACCCCGCAGCAACUUCUGCUGUUCUGGGACAAUUCAACGGAGAGUUGGAAAUGAAGACGCUGAAUUGCUCUCCUUUUGGCCCUGUGUCGUUUCCCCGCCAGCUGGACUCUUCUUCGUAUUCUCUGGUGGAGCAGAGCGAGGGGGACCUCCAGUUUUGCGAAGUGACCCCCCCUUUAGUGACUGGAAAACAAAUAGUGGCAGUUUCAAACAACAGAAGGGCCCCCCCCAUUUACUGCGACAGCAACUCCAACACUCUUCUUUUCUUUGAGCCCCACGCGCCCCACACAAACCACAAGUUCCCUUAUUCCCAGCAAAUGGAGCUGAAGCUAACUGGGCAGCCAGCGACUUGCGAAGUUUUGAAAGAAAGUCAAGAACUUCUUUUAUCUGUAAAGCGCUUCGAGGCGGGGCUUGGGAAGGCGAGGGAAGAGCAGCUUUUUGUGUUGACUUCUUUCGAGGGAAAACCAACUUUGUUGCCAAGUCAGCAAACCCCCUGGCUGCAUGCAGUCCCCUCUUUCUUUGGCAUUUGCUGCCUCUCUGAGGGGCCCCCCUGUCUGCUGCGCCUUUCUUUCUUUGCAGCCAGAGUGCAGCUCUUCUCCGAAACAGAACUGGGGGCCCCCUGCCCCUCCCAGGGCUACCACACUCUCUACCAGCCCAACUACUUGCUGCACUCUGCAGUGCCCCACGGGGCCCCCCUGGCCUGCCGCCGCCUCAGCCUGUCUCCCCUCAAAUCAGCAGAAAGAGAUGCCCUCGUGCUGCAGCUCCCUGGCAGCAGCUUCUGGAUGGAGCUUCCUGCGGGUUCUUUGCUUUCGCAGUCCGAGGGGGGCCCCGGGGGCCCUGCUGCCAGGCUUUGGGUUUACCAGCCGGUCUUUUCCACUGGAGAGGCUCUUAGCGUCACAGAACUUCGUGUUAUGGCGGAUGACUCCGAUCUUGGCCACGCUGUGAUCUCCACCUACGAAAACUCCAAUGGGGAAAGCUCGGGGCUCUUGUACCAGCAAGCUGAUGGCCAGAGGGUGGCUGUGGGCUAUCAGAAAGAAGGCAUUUUUGUGGGGGUCUCGGCGGCAACAUUUUUUACCCUCGAUGCACUGGACUCAAAAGCCAUACUGGAGUACAAAGUGGUGCAAAUGCAGGGAGGGGCUUCUCUAGUGCUGAGCGACAUCGCGCACUACAACUCUGCUCACCACAGGACUCCAUCUGUCGCAAAGAUCAACGGUGCUGCUAAGGAAGUCGCUACAACUAUGCUCCGCUACAAGCCGCAAGGUCUGACGACAACCUUCCUCCCCAUAGCACUGGCUUUGCUACAUGUAAAGCCAAGGCUUGCAGAAGCACCAGUUGCUGCAGCAACGACAGCUGCAGCAGCAGCAGCAGCGACAGCUAGAGCUGCCGCUAAGAUUAAAAGCCUAAACGGCAAAUACUGA